CUGGCCAAAUAUGAAUACAUGGAAGAGCAAGUAAUAUUAACUGAGAAAGAUCUGCUAGAAGAUGGUUUCGGAGAGCAUCCCUUCUACCACUGUCUGGUGGCAGAAGUUCCCAAGGAGCACUGGACUCCGGAAGGACACAGCAUUGUUGGUUUUGCCAUGUACUAUUUUACAUAUGACCCCUGGAUUGGCAAGUUACUGUACCUUGAGGACUUCUUCGUCAUGAGUGAUUAUAGAGGCUUUGGCAUUGGAUCAGAGAUUCUGAAGAAUCUAAGCCAGGUGGCUAUGAAAUGUCGCUGCAGCAGCAUGCACUUCUUGGUGGCAGAAUGGAAUGAACCAUCUAUCAACUUCUACAAAAGAAGAGGUGCUUCUGACCUGUCCAGCGAAGAAGGCUGGAGACUCUUCAAAAUUGACAAGGAAUACUUGCUAAAAAUGGCAACAGAGGAGUGA